AUGAGUAGCCAACGCUCUAAAAGAAGAAAACUUCGAGAAGAAUUAUAUACAUAUACUAAUUUGCCAAAUUUUACAUUUGAAUCUGAAAACCCUGAACAACUAUUAUUAGAAACUCACACUGAUACUCCAAUUUGUCAAAGUAGUCUCCAACUAGACAAAUUACCACUAGAGUGUCCUAAUAAUGAUUCUGUUUUCUCACCUACUCAAAUAUAUACUGGUCAUGAACAUUUAGAACCAAAUAACCUAACUUCGCCCAAUAUUCAAAUGAACUUCGAAACAGACAAUAACUAUGAUUUACCUAAUAAUGCUGCUACUGAAAAUACAUUUUCUAUUUCUGACAUGAUAUCCAAAUGGGCAAUAAAUUAUAAUAUUUCACAUUGUGCAGUUAAUGGUCUUUUAUUGGGUCUAAGAAAUCAUAAAUGUUUUGCUAAUUUACCAAAAGAUGCCAGAACUAUACUUCGUACAAAAUCUAUUGAUAUGAGCAAUAUGCGAGUAGUCACACCAGGUCAAUACUAUCAUUUCGGUUUAAGAAACGGAAUUGAACGGCAUUUCUUAUUCAAAGACAAUUCUACAAAUGAAAUUCGACUAGUAAUUGGAAUUGACGGUUUACCAAUUGCUAAAAGUACAACUAGUCAAUUUUGGCCAAUUUUGGGAUAUAUAAGACCAUACUCUGGUAAUGUUUUUCCAAUAGGAAUUUAUUUAGGAAUGGAAAAACCACAUGAUAGUAAUGAUCUCCUUCAAGAUUUUGUCAAUGAAGCUAAAAUUUUGUUGAAAGAUGGUAUAAUUAUUAAUAACAAGAUUUAUACAAUUAUUUUUGAUGUUUUUUGUUGCGACGUGCCCGCAAAAUCUUUUAUUCUUAAGAUUAAGGGACAUUGUGGUUACUUUUCUUGUACUCGGUGUAGAAUAGAAGGGGAACAUAAAGACAAUAGAACUUGUUUUCCUUAUGAUGAUGCCGAUUUAGUUAAUGUUAGAACUCAUAAUGAUUAUGUUCAAAGAAUUCAAGAAGACCACCAUGUAUCUUCAAAUAUUUCUUGUCUUGCUGAGUUGACAAGAUUGGAUGUUGUGUCAAAUUUUUCGUUAGAUUACAUGCAUUUAGUGUGCUUAGGCACAGUUAAAAAACUUAUACUUUUGUGGAUGAAAGGGCCAUUAAAUGUCAGGUUGCCAUCUUGGAAAAUUAAUGAAAUAUCAGAAAAUUCAGUAAAAUUAAAAACUUCAUUUCCCUGCGAGUUUUCUAGGAAGCCUAGAAAAUUGGAUGAAAUAAGUCGAUGGAAGGCUACUGAGUUAAGGUCAUUCCUCUUAUAUACUGGACCAAUAGUUUUAAAAAAGACAUUGUCUGAUGAUUGUUUCAAGCAUUUUAUGUCUUUAAAUAUAGCAAUGAUAAUCCUUCUAAGUUCUGACCAUUCUACUUAUGUAGACUAUGCUAAGGAUUUAUUAAAGUAUUUUGUAAAAUCAUUUGAAACUAUUUAUGGCCGUUAUUUAAUAUCUCAUAAUAUACAUGGAUUAUUGCAUUUGACAGAAGACUUUCGCUUGUAUGGACAAUUAGACAAUUGUAGUGCAUUUGUUUUUGAAAACUACAUGCAAACCCUUAAAUCAAUGUUAAGAAAACCUGACAAACCAUUAGAACAAAUUGUUCUGAGGUACCAUGAACGUGGACAAAUUAUUUAUAAUCCUAAAAAUAAUAACAAUAUCACACUUUUAGGACCACAUGAUAAUGGACCAUUAUUAGAUAAUAUGAGAGUCGAUUCUCAAUACAAUACAUUACAAUUGCCUAAUUUUAAGUUUAAAACUAAAAUUAAUGCCGAUUCUUAUUAUCUUUCAAAAAAAAAAGAAAUAGUAAAACUAAUUAAUAUAACAUAUUCAAAAGAUUCUGAUAAAAUAAUAUUAAUUGGGAAAAAGUUUGAACAUAAGGAAGACUUUUAUGAUCAGCCCAUUAGUUCAUCACAUUUUGGAAUUUAUGUUGUGAAACAUAUGUCAACCAACUUGAGCUGUUGGUCAAUUACUGAUAUAGAUAAAAAAGUUAUGAUUUUUUCAAUUGAAGAUGGCCGGUUGGUUGCUCUUCCAUUUCUUCAUUCAAAUUAA